CAACUUUAUAAAUUAUUACUGGUUUGCUUCAUAUAAAAUAAGACAUUUCCACGCUUGAUGCUGUUAAUUAUAUUGAAAAUUUGGCAUGUCUUUCCUCGAUUUUACGCAACGAUUUUCACAUACUUCAGAUUAUGGAAAAUCGAUGUUAUGGUUUGUAAAAUUAUUGAUGGAGGGUGCUUUAAUGUGGCCAGAUACUAAACGUCCUAAAUUACUAAUCGCUUCAACUAUUAUUAUAUCAUUUAGUGGCAUUUUUACAUGGUUCGGUAUACUAUUUUAUAUAUUAAAUAUCAAUGAUUUCAAUAAAGCCAUUUACGGAACAUGUUUACUUGCACUACCUACAAUGAAUAUUUUGAAAACUCCUUUAAUUGGCUAUAAAUAUAAAGCAAUAAAAAAGCUCUUAAAUCAAAUUGAAGCUGACUUUUGGCCGUAUGAUAUCGUCGAUAUGGAAACGAAACAAGAGAUGAAAUAUAUUAAUUCUUUAACCGUGGGUUUCAUGUUAUUUUUUUAUAUUCUAGCUCAAAUCUACUAUGGAGCUUUUCUGAUACUACCAGCUUUUCUUACAGAAAGAGCAUUACCUUUACCUUGUAUACUACCAUUCGGUUGGACAGAUAAAUUAUCCUACGCAUUUAUAUACGUCUUACAAUUCAUAUGUCUCCAAUUUGGAGUAGCUUUUGCAGUAGUAGGAAUAGAUAUUUUAACAUUAUCUUUAUGUCUGUGUACGUCGAAUCAAUAUAGGAUUCUUCGAAAAUGUUUUCUUAUAUACAACACCGACGAUAUGAUUCAAAUUAAUGACCGUUUGAGAACCACAUCAAAAGUUUCUAUGAAACAAUACGUUUUGGAAAAAGAAUAUUUGAUUAGAUUGAUAAAACAUCAUAAUUUAUUAUUAAGAUAUACAAGAUACAUGAACGAAGUUUUGAACCCGUUUGAACUUGGUCAUUUGGUAAUUAGUAUAAUGGGAAUUUGUCUUGGAGCUUUUGUUUUAUCAAUGAGCGACAUAUCAACUUUUGACCGUAUUUUGGCAACAAUAUAUCUGUUUGGAUUUAUUCUACAGCUGGCUAUAGAUUGUAUAGUAGGAACGGAUUUGCAUUAUCAGGCCACUUUACUACCCGAUUACGUUUUCCAUAGCGAUUGGAAAUUGUUAAACGACAAUCAUCUCAAAAAAGACAUAUUAUUCGUGUUACAAACUAGUCAACGUUAUCCUCAGUUUACUGCUUACAAUUUAUACGAGCUGAAUAUGUCGACGUUCUUAAAGAUUCAAAAACUCGCAUUUUCCGUUUACACACUUUUAUCAAACAUGUCAAAAAUAACUUCAAAGGAAACUUAAAUAUUGUCUUCAGAGAAUAUUAUCAAUUGCCAUUAAAGAUACCUUAAUCAGC